AUGUCCAACUUGUGCCACGUGAAGGUAGCGCCCGCUUUGAUGGUAGCCGGCCAGGUCUCCGCAGCUAAUCAACGGUCCAGAGGAAUCUCCAUCCCCGGUUCUGCCUUAGCAACCGAAACAACAGCGAUGGUCGGUGCUCCCGACCCCCUCGCUGUGCCUCGGCACGUCUCGCCUGCCUCGCUGCAACAGCCGCCGCCGUGCUGUGCAGGGCUGCCGACGGCGGGCUGCGCGUCGCCGGGGUCCCCCUCGGGCGGCUUCGAGUCGCCGGUGUCGUCGCGCGCCAGCGAGUCCGCCGGCCCGGUGGCGCCUUCGGCCGGCGGCUGGCUGCGGGUGUCGCCGGGCAGCGCGCGCGGCCGCCUGCUCUACCGCGUCCAGAUGCUGCUGCUGCCGCUGCUGCCGGUGGCGGCGCUGCUCGCGCAGACCGGCGUCAACAUGGCCGACGGCAUCGCCGUGCACUCGGCCGCCACCGCCGUCGGCAGGCAGAUUGAUUUAACAGUGGAACUUUUCCAUCUAUUAACUGCCUUCCAAUAUGAACGAGGACAAGUUGCCUACAUCAUAUUUACGCAUGGUAACAGAUCACUGCUACUCUCCGUGUUCAACCAGACACUAAACUGCAUAUCUCAUGUGCAUUGGGAGCUGUGGAAAGAUAUUUCUGUGGACCAAGAUUUCUUCUAUGACUAUGUGUCAAACAUCAGAUACAACCAUGAAAAGCUGCUGAAAGAAGCAUUGAUACCUUUAGAAUGGUACAGUGAAGGGACCAAGAUGAUGUUGAAUGGACUGUCACGAAUUAUUCGUGAAACAUCAACCAGUGGAGUCUGGAGGUUAUUGGUGGCAUAUCGUACAGUAUUAGCAGCAGUGGACAACUUAAGUUCAGCAGCAAUCUUUGGAUUAUAUUACUUCUGCAUGGGUGUCUUGGAUGUAGUUAAUUUCACAAAUUUUGUUCGAUAUGAUUCCCUUGGACAAGAAUAUCUCUUGGUGGCUCAGCAGUACUCAUUAGAACUCAGGGACGAGUGGCAUGACUUUCUCAGUAAUUUUCCAGCUUUCAACAAUGUAACAGUACUGCAAGAGAAAAUCUACCGAAACAUGAAACGUCCUCCUGACUUUUCUUUGGCAGAGCAGUACCACAUGAUGAUGAGCUAUGUCUUAGCUGAACUCCGGCAGUAUCAAGAGAGGCUUCGAAUAGUGAUAAGCGAGCGGGUAUCAGAGGAUCUGCAGGUGUCUGGCCGACAGCAGGGCCUAUCUAUUACCUUGCUUGUCCUGGUGCUUAUUAUAUCACCCAUCAUAGUUCUGCUUGUCCUCAACGCCACACGUACCAUACAGACAUUUGCUGAAACCCUGAUAAAGAGGACACAGGAACUACGUAGUGAGAAGCGCAAAAGUGAUCGGCUCCUAUUCCAGAUGUUACCACCCCCUGUUGUCAGACAACUGCGGCAACAGAAACAGGUUACAGCUGAAAAUUUUGAAUCUGUGACGAUAUUCUUCAGCGAUAUUGUUGGAUUUACACAGUUAUCUGCUGUGAGUUCUCCAAUGCAGGUUAUUACACUGCUAAACAGGCUGUAUCGCUUGUUUGAUUCACUCAUUCAGAAUUAUGAUGUAUACAAAGUAGAAACGAUUGGUGAUGCAUAUAUGGUUGUUUCUGGGCUCCCACAACGAAAUGGUAAACGUCAUGCGGGAGAGAUUGCUUCAAUGGCUCUUGAUGUUUUACAUGGUGUGGAGCUAUACAAAAUUCCACAUCGGCCAUCUGAAUCACUGCAAAUCAGGAUAGGGAUAAAUACUGGGCCAUGUGUUGCAGGUGUUGUUGGUACAACAAUGCCUCGUUACUGUCUGUUUGGAGAUUCUAUAAAUACUGCCUCUCGAAUGGAAUCCACAAGUCUUGCAAUGAAGAUCCACAUAAGUCAGACAACAAAGGAAGCUUUAGAUGAGCUGGGAGGUUUCUAUACAGAGUACAGAGGAGUCAUGGAGGUAAAAGGAAAAGGACUUAUGGACACAUACUGGCUGACAGGGAAAGAAUGCAAACAGGGUUCUUACAUCAAUAUUGAAAUUUCAGACAUCCUAGAUGAUGAUGCAACUCCUGAAUUUUUACAAAUGAUUACACAGGAAUAG